CAAAAAGUUGUGAAUACACAGUGUGGCUAUGAUGUCAGAAAGGAGAGCAAGAGUCAAUGGGAUGAUCAAAUUUUUGUCAAAGGAUGUAUUUUUGCCCUUGAAGCCUGGCUACCCCAAAAUAUCUACAUUGUUGCAGGUGUCUUCAUAGCUAUCUCACUGCUCCAGAUUUUUGGGAUUUUCCUAGCCAGGACACUGAUUUCUGAUAUUGAAGCUGUAAAAGCAGCCUCGAAGGAAAAGCAGUUCAAAGAGAGAUUUGAUCACUUGCUGAUGUUGAGAUUUCAGUGGUUGCCUUUGGAACAAUUCCACAGACACUACAAUGGAAACAAGGUUUUUAAUGAAGAUGUCAAAUAUGAGAUCAGACUUGAAAAACUAGACUGA